AUGUGGCUCAUCCCCAAGGCUGAUCGCAAGAAGAUCCACGAGUACCUCUUCAAGGAGGGUGUACUCGUGGCCAAGAAGGACUACAACCUUCCUAAGCACGGAGACAUUGACACCAAGAACCUCUUCGUCAUCAAGGCUCUCCAGUCCCUGACUUCCCGCGGCUACGUCAAGACCCAGUUCUCCUGGCAAUACUACUACUACACCUUGACCCCCGAAGGACUCGACUACCUCCGCGAAUGGCUGCACUUGCCCGCCGAGAUCGUACCAGCCACCCACAUCAAGCAACAACGCUCGCACGCUCCUCCUCGUGGCAUGAUGGGUGGUGAGGAACGUGGUGAGCGCCGUGGUGGAGGCCGCGGUGGUCCCCGACGUGACGGUGAGGGCGGUUAUCGUCGUCGUGAUGCUGGUGAGGGCAAGGAAGGCGGUGCUCCUGGCGACUACACUCCUCAGUUCCGUGGUGGUUUCGGCCGUGGUCGUGGUGCUCCCCCUGCUGCCAGUUAG